UGUGAGUUCUUUGGGUAUAUUUUGUUUGUUAAAACAUUACGAAUUUUUGGUCUCUUUGUUUGAUUGUUGUUUUUUAUUAUAUUUUUUGCUAUAUAGCCAGAAAAGUAUGCAUAUACUGUGAUUGAGGGUGAACACAUUGAAAUACCAUUUACCUCAACUGUUCCUGUAGCCUGCAUUGCCUCUCAUCCAGAUAUUCAAAAGAAUUGCAAUCAGAAUUUCUACAUAUUUCAACCUAAGUAUCAACAUAAUACGGCAGCAUGUAUGAAUAAUAUAGCCAGAAGGGAUCUUGUAUUUGAAGCACAGUUUUGUGGAAUCAAAUUUGGAAAUCUUGAUUGGAAUCAAACAAAGUAUCUAAAAGUAUAUGGGUUCAGUGAUGGUCUAUAUAACUCUGAAGAUAGGUCAACAUAUAUAAGGGUAUCUACAAAAUCCGUUUCCGUUUUUAAUGAAUUCUGGAAAGACAUUAAGAUACCAGAUAUUAAGGUUACUGUUGUAGAUAAAGAUGCUAGCCUUACUAGUAGGUUGUGUCAAUCAUACAAUGAUCCACACAUAACUACAUUUGAUGGAAAAUAUUAUGACUAUAUGGAUGUUGGGGAAUACGUUAUGUAUAGAAAUGAAAGAGGACCAUAUUGGGUGCAUGCCUUAUUUUCAAAUUGUGCAUCUGGUUUGCCUGGUGCUUCUUGCCAUUGUGGUGUAGCAGUUCGAAGCAGAAAUUCACUGUUUGUUUUGAGGACAUGUGCAAGAAUAUCUCGAGACAAUGUGUAUUUACUGCAGCAGCCUCACACUGAAAUCCAAACAUGUGAUGAGAAUGAUCUGUCCAUUGAACAUAAUGGCAAUAAUUACAAGAUUACUUUGCCAAUUGGGACUGAAAUACAAUUUACCGUUUCCUACUCCAAAUUUAUAACUCGAAUUUCCAUAAAACCUUCAAUCUACGACAUCAAUGAAUCAAAAGGACUAUGUGGAGUUUUGAGUGUCACGAAAGAUAACUCCGACGAUCUUACACAUCGUGAAUUGGGACCAGUCAACAACAUCAAAAGUUUUGGAGAUUCUUGGAGAAUUGAUCCUGUAGCGAUGCCAGACGAACAGCUUUUUGUAAACGAACCAUCGUUCCAAAGACAAAGCAUUGUUAUAAUCGACACUGGUACUGAUGAAAAUUCAUCUCAAAUCAAUGGCACUGCUCAAUUUUGUGUCUGUGACCAGGAGGCCAAACCGACGGAUGAUCUGGAUCAGUUUUAUACAGUCCAGUGUAAUUUGACAGAGAGUACACAAUAUUGUUCAUCGGAUGAACCAUCUACAAGCAAUAAAGAAAAUUCUAUUCCAUCUUUUGUCACAUCAUGUUAUACUAAUUCAAGGAAGAAGCGGUCUUUAACUCAUAUUAUACAUAGACGUAGCGUGUCCGACUCUGAUGAUGUCAUCGACGUUCCGUCCCUUGAAUAUGAUGAAGAUGCACUGAACAUUUCUGUGAAUACUGUGGAACCUAAAUUCCAAAAUGGUUGGACUCAGGAGGAGGCGAAUAAAACCUGCACUGAAAAAAUCCAGAAUGCAAUACCAGCUGAAUUACUUACCAAUGUAAAUGGACUGAGUAACGAGGACUAUAUUAAGUCCUGUAUUGAGGAUAUAAAACUAACAGCAGACACCACAUUUGUACAGGACACAGUAGGAGCAAUGCAGACAUACACUUUAAUGGAAGUGUCAAGAAAUGAAACUUUGGCUUUAACGGAAGUGAACAAUGGGUCUCAAAGCAUUUUGGAAUAUGUAACCAGUUUACUGUGUGCUAACAACUGCAGUGAAAAUGGAAAUUGCACCUCAAGCGUAUGUUCGUGUUACGAGGGUUACAUUGGAGAUGACUGUUCAAUAUCAACUUCAGUAGCUCCUUCUAAUAUCAGUUUACCCUUAAAUGGUUUAUGUGGAACACGUACUAGACUUUGUGCAAAGACAAAUAUAAUAGGCACUUUUCCUUCUUCAGAUGUAUGGUGCAAGCGAAGACAUUUCCAGAUAUUGAACGAUGCAAUGAUAUACACUUCUAGCGCAGAUGUUUUAAAGGCUGAAUACAGAAAUGCUUUCAUGGUAUCCGUCGAUUUACAAUCAUCCAGACGAAAACGGUCAUUACCAGAAGUUCCAGCGGCGGAAGGAUACGAACUAAGUCUUUCCAAUGAUGGCAUUCAUUUUGGAGAAUCUGUCAAUAUCAUAAUAUAUGAUGAGGAAUGUAGUUCUUGUAAUGCAACGUCUAUCUCAUGUGUAGUUUUGGAAUCAUGUCCAGAUUUUACAACACAACUAACAGAUGCUACUACUGACCGAUCUUCAACAGAACUGGAAACAACAACUGAACAAAUAACUACAGUAGACAAAACUACUACAGUGUCUGAACCAACAACGAUUGAAGACAGAAAAACUACAAGCCCUACGACUUCUGAAGAGAAAACAACCACAGUUCCUGAAGCAACGACGACAGAAGAGAAAACAACUAAAGUUCAUAUAACAACAACUGAAGAAAGAGCAACUGAAGCGACGACAACAGAAGACAGAACAACCACUGUUCCUGAAGCGACAACAACGGAAGAGAAGCAGAAAAACGACAGAAUUAUAUACUAUGAAGGAAUAAUGGGCAGUUCCAGUGUUGCUUUUCUCAUCCUGAUUGGUAUUAUGUUGCUAUGUUGCAAGAUAAAACUAUCGAAAUCAAGGUAA